AUGUCAUGGAUUCCAAUCUUGGAAACAGCCACUUUGCAAAGCAAUGAUAAGACUGCGCACAAUAAGUGUUCCUCGCCCAACCCUCGCAAAGCAAAGAGCCUUGUUGGCUUGGGGUCGGCCUUUUCUAUUCAAUAUGAGAUGCAAAUUAAGAGUAGACAUAUGCAAAUGCAAUCCAAAGUGCCUUACAGCAAGAGGCCCCAGGUUUCUGUCUUUCUCAAUCAGAUAUUUGUGCUUCUGCUCAAUAUUUCUACUCAAAAUGAUGUCGUUUACAUGCGGACUUUGGAAUGUGGCUUAGAUCUCUCCAUUGAAACUCAGAACUCCGACUUUUGCGUCUCCGGAGUUCUUGAGCAGGAGGUGUCUGAUAAAUGUUUCUCAUUGGCCGGCAAAAACCAGAAGGGAACUUCCGUCUGCAAGGCCUACGAGGCAGACCAGUCGCGGCCGCUGGAGAUCAAGAUUGAGUUGCCAGACCAGCAGGAGGCGGCUCAGAGGCUGAAAAUUGGUUUAUACCUUGCUACCUGGUGGGCUCUGAAUGUUGUGUUCAAUAUCUACAACAAGAAGGUUGCGGUGGCACAUACAAUUGGGCAUGUCGCGGCGACCGUGAGCAUGGCGAAGGUAGCAGUUUCGUUCACUCACAUCAUCAAGAGCAGUGAGCCUGCAUUCAGUGUAUUGGUUUCAAGGUUCUUGUUAGGUGAAUCGUUUCCUCUCUCAGUUUACCUCUCGCUCUUUCCAAUCAUUGGAGGAUGCGCGCUCGCUGCUGCAACCGAGCUGAAUUUCAACAUGACUGGGUUCAUGAGGGCUAUGGUAUCGAACCUGGCAUUCGUGUUCAGGAGCAUAUAUUCCAAGACAGGGUUGAAGGGGAAGUCUGUCGGUGGGAUGAACUAUUGCUCCAUGUUGUCUCUAUUAAUCCUGAUUCCGUUUGCCAUCGCUGUGGAGGGCCCCAAGAUGUGGGCUGCUGGAUGGAACUGCUCUUGCACAGAUCGGUCCCAAUUUCGUAUGGUAAAUAUACGAUGGUGGGUGGUGGUACAGAGUGUCUUCUAUCACUCCUAUAAUCAGGUUUCAUACAUGUCACCAGAUCAGAUAUCUCCCUUAACAUUCAGCGUUGGGAACACAAUGAAGCGGAUAUCCGUCAUGGUCUCCUCCAUCAUAAUAUUCUACACGCCUGUUCAACCUGUCAGCGCACUCGGAGCAGCCAUUGCACCCGCCUUUUGCAGCCAUUGGAAUGUGGAAAUAUAUCUUGGGACCAAAUCGCCUAUUGGUCAUCGACACCCUGCAGUCAUGUAUCAUGGCUACCACAAAUUUUGCAUCAAAAGAGUAGGGCCCCGCAGACCAGCCGAUCCAAAAUUCAACAUGGUAUCAGAGCCAGGUGGUAAAGUGGUACGGAUUGAGCAGGUGAUAAAGUUGAAAACAGUAUCGGUGUCGUUAGAAUGGGGUCCCACGGGCCCGCAGAUCCAAAAAUCCAACAUAUAUGCCAUCUCAUUCAUUCAUACUCUGAAACUUCUAAUGGAGCAUUUUUCAGCACUUCAUGUUUUCCUUAUUGUUGAUAUAUGCUUUGCGAUUCCCAUGGUGUCUUGCAAUCACAUAUUUUUGAAAGGAAACUCAGCCACAUCCCCUUUCCCUAGUAACUUCCUCUUUGGAACUGCAUCCUCUUCUUACCAGUUUGAGGGAGCUUUUCUGACCGAUGGAAAAGGCCUAAGCAACUGGGACGUUUUUACUCAUAAGCCUGGUCAUAUUUCGGAUGGAACUAAUGGAGAUAUCGCUGAUGAUCAGUAUCAUCUCUAUUUGGAAGAUUUGGAUCUCAUGAAUUACAUUGGAGUCAAUACUUACCGGUUUUCCAUAUCAUGGGCAAGAGUUUUACCUAAAGGAAGAUUUGGGAAAGUGAAUCGAGCUGGCAUCAAUCACUAUAACAAGUUCAUCGACGCUCUUCUGCGUAGAGGAAUCCAUCCCUUCGUGACGUUGACUCACUACGACAUUCCACAGGAACUUGAAGACAGAUAUGGAGCUUGGCUAAGUCCCCAACUGCAGGAGGAUUUCCUAUAUUAUGCAAAUACAUGUUUCAAAUUCUUUGGAGACCGAGUGAAGUACUGGGUGACAUUCAAUGAGCCGAAUGUAGUCGUUAUUCGGGGCUAUAGGUCGGGAGUGUACCCGCCCGCUCGCUGCUCUAGACCCUUUGGGAAUUGUACUAGUGGGGAUUCAGAGAGAGAGCCUUUUAUUGCAGCUCAUAACAUCAUUCUAUCCCAUGCAGCUGCCGUCCAUCUAUACAGAACCAAAUAUCAGAAAAAACAAGGAGGUAGCAUUGGAAUUGUUAUGAAUGCCUUAUGGUAUGAACCGAUCAGCAACUCCUUAGAAGACAAAUUAGCAGCUGAGAGGGCUAUAUCUUUCUAUAUGAACUGGUUCUUAGACCCGGUUCUACAAGGGAAAUAUCCUGCAGAAAUGCGUGAGAUUCUAGGAGCUGAUUUGCCGGCAUUUUCGAAAUCUGAUGUGGAGAUGCUGAAGAAGAGUGGAUUGGACUUCAUUGGCAUCAAUCACUAUACGAGCUUUUACUCAAAAGAUUGUAUGUUCUCUGCAUGUGAACCAGGACCAGGGACUUCAAGGACGGAGGGUUUCGCAUUGCGAACUGCACAGAAAGACGGAGUCUUCAUUGGAGAACCAACUGCGGUUGACUGGCUGUAUGUCUACCCUCAAGGAAUGGAAAAGAUCGUAACAUAUGUAAAAGACAGAUACAACAACACACCAAUCUUCAUCACAGAAAAUGGGUUUGGUGAGGUGGAGAAUCCGAAUUCGUGCAAUGAAGAAUUACUGAAUGAUGUCAAGAGAGUAGAGUACAUGAAGUCUUACUUAAAUGCACUUGCAGAAGGAAUCAGAAAAGGAGCAGAUGUAAGAGGGUACGUGGUGUGGUCGUUGCUGGACAACUUCGAGUGGACGAGUGGCUUAAGGGUUCGGUUUGGACUUCACCGUGUUGAUUACGCCACUCUCAAGAGGACUCAAAGACUAUCAGCUGCUUGGUACAAACAAUUUGUAUCUAAUCAGACGGUGCAAACACACCUACCCACAAACUGAAUCUUGCACCAACAUAUCCAUUCACAAGGAUCCUUAUUCGCUAUCGUUGUUGACAUUCUUUCCCAAGAUCCAUCCAAUCUUCCACAAUGAUA